GUAGGUUUGCAACAGCGUUUGCCUUGAGACAGCGCAUGCUGAACUUUGUACAGAACAUCCAGUACUACAUGAUGUUUGAAGUCAUGGAGCCCACCUGGCAUAUCAUGGAGAAGAACUUGAAAUCUGCCUCCAACAUAGACGACGUGCUGUGUCAUCACACCAGCUUCCUGGACAACUGCCUGAAGGACUGCAUGCUGACCAACCCAGAACGCUUAAGAUCUUUUCCAAGCUCAUGUCUGUUUGUGUCAUGUUCACCAACUGCAUGCAGUGCUUCACCCGGAGCAUCAAGCUGGAUCAGGAGUUGAACCAGCUGUCUCUGGAGCAUGGCACCAUGGAGGGUCCUCCCACCCAGAGCGAACGCACCGAGGAGCAAGAGAAGAAGAGACUCACCUCCAAGCGGAGCACGUGGACGCCCUGCAGUCAGACUCAUGCUUCGAAGCCACCGUCAGCAAGUUUGACAGCAACUUCAGUACACUGCUCCUGGACCUGCUGGACAAGCUCAGCGUCUACAGCACCAACGACUGUGAGCACAGCAUGAUAAACAUCAUCUAC